AUGGGAGAUAUAUUAAGUUACACAAAUGCUCUUUCAAAACACCUUCAACAAAAAGGUAAAGAUUUAUUAGAAGCGGCCAACUUGAGAAAUAGUACAAAACGAGCAUUAAAUGCUUUAAGACAAAAUGGGUUUGAGCCGAUGUUGGAAAAAGUGACUUCCUUUUGUAAAAAAUAUAACAUUACAAUGUUGGACAUGUCGGAAAGUUAUGGUAACCCAAGAAACCAAAAGAAUGUCAUUACAAAUCGACAUCAUUUUGAGGUUGACAUUUUUAAUAAGGUUUUAGACAUGCAAAUUCAAGAAUUAGGAAGUCGAUUUAGUGAGGUAACAACUACUUUGAUAAAAAAUAUGUCGGGUUUAAAUCCUUCUAACGGUUUUUCUAAGUUUGACCCAUCGAAGAUAUUGGCGUUUGCUAAGAUGUACCCGGAUGAUUUUACUACACAAGAAAUAGGGACUCUUUUGGGUGAUAUUGAGUCUUUUGGUCACACAAUAAGCGAUGAUGAUAACUUUGACAACUUGAAUGGAAUAAGUGAUCUUGCGCGUCUUAUGGUUGAAACGGGAACGCAUAUUUCUUGUCCUAUAGUUUAUCGGGAUGAUAUUUCGACGCUCAAGAGUGACCUUGAACAAAUCGAAGCUGUUCUUCAAGAUGCCGAAGAGAAACACAUCAAGGAAAAGGCUGUUGAGUUGUGGCUUAAGAAUCUCAGAUCAAGGAGAUAG